AUGAAAGAUGAAAUCGCUGCCACGGUUUUCUUCAUCACCAAGCUGGUGAAGAGGGAGGACAGGCUGAGCAAGCACAAAAUGGAGAAGUUUGCAGCCAAGCUGACCACGCUGCUGUUCGAGAAGUACAAAAACCACUGGUACCUGGACAACCCCUCCCGAGGCCAAGCCUUCAGGUGCAUCAGGAUCAACAAGCACCAGGCUCGGGAUCCGCUGCUGGAGCGGGCUUGCGCGGAGAGCGACGUGGACUUCCAGCUGCUGGGCCUGCCCGAGGAGAUGACGCUGUGGGUGGAUCCCUUCCAGGUGUGCUGCAGGUACGGCGAGAGGAGCCGGCCCUUCACCGUGGCAUACUUUGAUGGCGAGGAGAACCCCGAGCUGCCCCAGCAGAUCAGCCUGGCCGUGGGCAGGGCAGCCCUGGACUGUCACUCCAGCACCUCCUCGGAUGAAGAGACCUUCAGCAAGGAGCCCAGAGCCAUCCCCACCGUCAGCAACCCCAACAGCAUCUACCAGUUUGGUGACUUCUGCAAGGCUCCCCCCCAGCCCUGGUGGCAGUACCUGCACAGGAAGCCCCCCGCGGCCGAGGGCUCCCACUUUGGCCAGCACAGGGGCUACAGGACCUACAGACCCACGGCCACCUUCGCUGGCCCACGUGUGGACAGGUACCACUGGAUCAACACCAAGAGGUAGAGCCGGGGCUCCUCGGGGCUUGUGGAGCCCUGCUUUUGUGAGGGGGUGAAGGCUGGCACUGCAAAACCUCAUAAAAACAGCACUUCCUGUGGAAUCCCUGUCUCUGACUAUUUAUCGAUAUUUUCGGGGGUAUUUGUUUG